AUGCCUCACAAAGACUUGCCCAUUAGACCCUUAGACAAGGCCUUCGACCCCGUGGGACCUGACACCCUCAGCGUGCCCACUCUUGACUUUGCGUCUCUCUUCCGCGAGAAGACUGUCACCGAUGAUUCCCCUCUCACACUAUACCCCGAGGACUUGGGCGUGCCGUGGCACACAUCUCUUCCUUGGGUGAGACAGUCCAAGUUCUGGGCUCAUGCCGAGGCUUCCGGACGGGAUCUGGUGAAUCGCAUUAGUGCAGAUAAGGCCUCGGAGCGAGGCAGUCUGCCUAUGGAGUUGGAGGAUGACCGUCGCAAGUGGAAGAUUGAUGAACUUGUCGAGGAUGCUAUCUCUUGCUGCGCAUAUCUCUAUCCAACAUCAAGUCCUACCAGACUUGCUCUGCUGACUCAAUCAGUUUUGCUUCUAUUUCUCCACGAUGAUGUUAUUGAGCGUGGUGCCACCCAAAAUGAAACAACGGUGGUGGAUGAGUUCCUGACCAUGGCCCCCAAGAACCAACAUCUCAAGCGCUUUUUUGCAGAAGUCUUAGAAACGGAUCCCGUUCUCGGACCUGAUCUGCUCCAGGCCAUCAACAUCUUUGUUCGCGAUGGCCGUGUAAAGUCUCCUUUCAAGCAAGACCACUACCCCACACUUGCCGAUUAUAUGCUCUACCGACGAAAUGACGUUGGCAAGCCAUUUAUGAUAGCAGCUAUUCGCUUUGGUUGCGGCGUACAACAAACAAGAGAGGAACUUGCGCCUUUUGAUGAAAUGACCGACCUUUACGUUCAGCACUCCAUUCUUAUUAACGACCUCUACUCCUACGACAAGGAAGUUCACGAGGUCAAGACCGUUCGCGGCUCAAUAGUUAACGCCGUUCAUGUCAUUGAGAAGCUCCUCAGUGUGCCAGCGCCCCUGGCCAAGACCAUCACCCGCAACAUAACCUGGGAUAUGGAAAAGAACUUCUACGCUAUGUGUGAGAAGUUCAUGCAUGAUACCUCUCUCAACGACCGACAGCGUGUAUAUGUGGUUGCUUUGUUUGACGCGUUGCAUGGUAACAUUUUCCACUCUGCUACUCUGAGCAGAUACGUUCGACAUGGAGAGAGGCCAGUUCUUUGUAAGACAUAG